UCUGGUCCUCUGCCUUCUCCCGCGGCAGCCUCCUCUGCUGCCUCCUCCUUCUCCACCUCCUCCGCCGGGCGGGCGUCUGCGGGGGCCCGAGUGGCAGGGGCGGCGGCGGCGGCGAAAUGGAGCAGGGGGCCGGCGGCCGAGGCACCGCUCGCCAUCAGGGGUCCGGGCCCCGGAGCAGCCCGCCGCCCCAGGAGCAGGAGCGGAAGCUGGAGCAGGAGAAGCUCUCCGGGGUGGUGAAGAACGUCCACCGGCGGCUCCGCAAGAAGUACCGGGAAGUGGGUGAUUUUGAUAAGAUCUGGCGAGAACACUGUGAGGACGAGGAAACCCUUUGUGAAUAUGCUGUUGCAAUGAAAAAUCUGGCAGAUAAUCAUUGGGCAAAAACUUGCGAGGGCGAAGGUCGUAUUGAAUGGUGUUGUAGUGUAUGCAGAGAGUAUUUUCAGAAUGGUGGGAAGAGAAAAGCACUUGAGAAAGAUGAAAGAGCAAUCCUUGCCACCAAGACCACUCCAGCCUUCAAUAUGCAUGAGUCUUCUAAACGGGAAGGCCAUUUAACCAACCUCAGCUUUAAAAACCCUGAACUGAUAACCGAGUUACUACAAGCCUCAGGAAAAAUCAGAUUACUUGAUGUUGGCAGCUGCUUUAACCCGUUCCUGAAGUUUGAAGAAUUUCUAACUGUUGGCAUCGACAUCGUGCCCGCUGUAGAGAGUGUAUAUAAAUGUGACUUCCUGAACUUACAGCUUCAGCAGCCACUCCAACUUGCCCAGGACGCUAUCGAUGCCUUUUUAAAGCAGCUGAAAAACCCUAUCGAUUCUCUCCCUGGAGAGCUUUUCCAUGUUGUCGUUUUCUCGCUCCUUCUUUCUUAUUUCCCUUCACCUUACCAGCGAUGGAUAUGCUGCAAGAAAGCCCAUGAACUCUUAGUGCUCAAUGGUUUGUUACUUAUCAUCACUCCUGAUUCUUCCCAUCAGAACCGCCAUGCUAUGAUGAUGAAAAGCUGGAAGAUUGCUAUCGAAUCUCUGGGCUUCAAACGUUUCAAGUAUUCAAAAUUUUCACAUAUGCAUCUGAUGGCGUUUAGGAAAAUCUCCCUAAAAACCACAAGUGACUUGGUUAGUAGGAACUACCCAGGAAUGUUAUAUAUUCCUCAAGAUUUCAACAGCAUAGAAGAAGAGGAGUAUUCGAACCCUUCCUGCUAUGUCCGAUCAGAUCUAGAGGAUGAACAGCUAGCAUACGGCUUCGCAGAACUCCCUGAUGCUCCAUAUGACUCAGAUUCUGGAGAAAGUCAAGCCGGCUCUAUUCCUUUCUAUGAGCUAGAAGAUCCCAUAUUACUUUUAAGCUAAGACUCUCUAAACGCAGACUCCUUCAACUAAAUGCUUACACUAAUUGGAAAUACUAAUAUGAGCUCAGUACUCCAAACCUGGUUUGCAUAGAUGUAUCGCAAAAGUUUACAAAGUUUGCUAUUUUUUUCUACUUUUCAAUUUAAAAAUGUAUUCUUCUAUAGAAAGCUUCACGUUUCAGGCAGUGACUGCUGCCAUUGCAAAAACCACUGAUAACUGUAGUAUUUAGCACUAGGAUGUCAUGGAAAGGUACCUCUUUUCUCUUCAGUACUGUCAUGGAAAAUGAAGCAUAUUUGCU